AUACGAGAUCUACAGGGGAGGCCACUUUGGAUCGCUUUUCUUUAUGAACACGCAUAAUACUGCGUUUGGCGCGGCUUUGACUUGGGAGGAAAACCACACCGAAACAUUAAUAAAAGUAAAAUUUGUGUAGACGUUUCAACGGUGAUAAGGAAACUGUUGGGUUCUAGAAGCAAAUGCCAGUCCACCCCCGUUUCUUUCAGCAGCAGGAGAAUUGGUAGCGACCCUCCGUCAGCUGACGUGCUUCUAGUCUCAAGCCGUGGGGCUGCUGUGGUCAUUGUUCUUUCUUGGUGUCGAUUGGCUGUGCAACUUAAGAACUGUUUGCACAAUAAAAAUGGGGGAUUCCUGUGCAGAUCAAAAUAUGUGCCAUGCAGAAGAGGUUGGCAGUUACCCUGAAGAAGCAUGGUUUAGCUUUGCAGACAUGUUUCUUUUUUCUCUUAUUGUUGGACUGCUCACCUACUGGUUUUUCUUCCGCAAGAAGAAAGAGGAAGUGGUAGAAUUCACCAAAAUCCAGCCCACUGUGAGCAGUUCCUCUGCCCGGGAAUCCAGCUUUGUGGAGAAGAUGAAGAAGACGGGGAAGAAUAUAGUGGUGUUCUUUGGCUCCCAGACUGGAACAGGAGAGGAGUUUGCCAACCGACUGGCCAAGGAUGCUCAUCGUUACGGCGUGCGCGGGAUGGCCGCUGACCCAGAGGAGUAUGACAUGGCCGAUCUGAGCCGUCUUACUGAAAUUGAGAACUCGCUUGCUGUAUUUUGCAUGGCCACGUACGGUGAGGGUGACCCUACAGAUAAUGCUCAGGAUUUCUAUGACUGGUUGCAAGAGGCAGACAUCGAUCUCACUGGCCUGAAGUAUGCGGUAUUUGGCCUUGGGAACAAGACAUAUGAGCACUUUAAUGCCAUGGGUAAAUACGUGGACAAAAGACUGGAAGAACUGGGAGCUGAGCGAAUCUAUGAGCUCGGGAUGGGGGACGACGAUGGCAACUUGGAGGAAGAUUUUAUCACAUGGAGAGAGCAGUUUUGGCCCGCAGUUUGUGAGCACUUUGGCAUAGAGGCAACAGGAGAAGAUUCCAGCAUUCGUCAAUAUGAACUUGUGGUGCACACUGAUGAAAACAUGAACAAGGUUUACACUGGAGAGAUGGGCCGCCUGAAAAGUUACGAGACACAAAAACCACCAUUUGAUGCAAAAAAUCCUUUCCUGGCUAAUGUCACUGUAAACCGGAAACUCAACCAGGGUGGGGAGAGACACUUGAUGCAUUUGGAAUUGGAUAUCAGUGGAUCAAAGAUCAGGUACGAGUCUGGCGAUCACGUUGCCGUUUACCCAGCCAAUGAAUCGUCACUUGUGAAUAAGCUGGGAGAGAUCCUGGGAGCCGACCUUGACACUGUCAUAUCAUUAAACAAUCUGGAUGAGGAGUCCAACAAGAAGCAUCCAUUCCCCUGUCCAACCACAUAUCGUACUGCACUCACCUACUACUUGGACAUCACCAACCCCCCUCGCACUAAUGUACUUUAUGAACUGGCACAGUAUGCCACUGACGCGAAAGAACAAGACAAUCUACGCAAGAUGGCCUCCUCAGCACCAGACGGCAAGGCUCUGUACCUCUCUUGGGUUGUUGAAUCAAGAAGGAAUAUUUUGGCCAUCCUGGAGGAUACCCCAUCAUUGCGCCCCCCUCUAGAUCAUUUGUGUGAGCUGUUGCCUCGCCUUCAAGCACGAUACUACUCCAUCGCUUCUUCUUCAAAGGUUCAUACCAACUCUAUACAUAUCUGUGCUGUGCUGGUUGACUACACCACUAAGACAGGACGACAGAACAAAGGGGUGGCCACAAACUGGCUCAUGCACAAGCAGCCAAGUGACAAUGGUCUCAAAUCCACAGUACCCAUGUAUGUCCGCAAAUCUCAAUUCCGUCUGCCAUUUAAACCCGCUACCCCGGUCAUCAUGAUUGGGCCAGGCACAGGCAUUGCCCCAUUCAUAGGUUUCAUCCAGGAGAGAGAGUGGCUGAAGCAACAAGGCAAGGAAGUUGGAGAAACUGUCCUGUACUAUGGCUGCCGGCAUGAACAUGAAGAUUACCUUUAUAAAGAAGAACUGUCUCGUUUCUACAAGGACGGUGUCCUCACACAGCUCAACGUUGCCUUCUCUCGAGACCAGGAACAAAAGGUUUAUGUCCAGCAUAUACUAAAGAAGAAUAAAGAAAACGUGUGGAAACUGAUAAACGAUGAGAAUGCACACAUUUAUAUCUGCGGUGAUGCUCGUUACAUGGCCCGCGAUGUGCAGAAUGCUUUCUAUGAAAUUGUUGCAGAAUAUGGCAAGAUGGAGCAUGCCCAAGCAGUGGAUUACAUCAAGAAACUAAUGACCAAGGGCCGCUACUCUCAGGAUGUCUGGAGUUAAUCCGGGCAAUGUGUCUGUGAAAAGAGGACUUUACCUAGACAUGACCUCCAUUGCAGUCCGUGACCCAAUUCAUGAACAGUCGAACAAUAACCCUUCAGCCAGCUGCACCCCUCUUAAUCAGAAUGCUUGUUAUGGAGGAGAGGACUUUUAACCCACUAACCAAUAUAAUAUUUGGUGUAUAUCUGUAAGGACGUUUUCAUAGAUUCCAAAUUCUUACCAACGUUGUUGACCUGAAAGGCAGGUUAAACAGCAGGAAGGAAAUCCCCCCCACCAAGGUUUUAGUCUGUUUUUGCAGAUAGCUUCUCUAAACUCACGGAUGUUUACUUGUGGCUUGUGUGCACGUUGCUAGGAAAAAAUUAGGCAAA